AUGCCGGACCAUCCAAUCUUUAAGACGGUACAGACACUGAUUAAAGAAGACGACCCGAAAAUCCUUUCUCUUGCCUUCGGUGCGCGCAAGGUGAAACCGGGCGACAAAAUUCCCAAAGCAGAAGCACGAGAGCUGCCCACACUGGGCUGGAAGGCACCCUCGGGGCAGAAAUUCCUCGUCGUCAACCUCGACCUCGAUGCGCCGUUCCCCUCGUUCGCGCUGUUGAGUCCCGCGCUGCACUGGCUGCAGACCGGCCUCACGGUCGAGGGACCCAGCGGCGACCUGACCUCGCCGGAUCCCGCCGUCGUCCAUUGGGUUGGUCCAGGUCCUCCGCCGUUUAGCGGUCCGCAUCGAUACAUCUUCCUGCUCUACGACCAACCGACGGACUUUGACGCAGGCCAGUUCACCAAGGCGGGUGGCUUUGGCGCCAAGGAGCGCAUGAGGUGGGAUCUGUCGCGGUUCGAACAGCAGGCGAAGCUGGGCCCGGCUGUCGCAGCCACGUAUUUUCUGAGCAACUAG